AUGACCAACGAGGUACGGUUUUGAUUGCUCAUUUUUCAAGCUUUAGUUUAAACCACAAAACGUUCAGAAUCAUCAUUUCCCGAGAAGCGGCGUUCCAAAACACACUACUGUUCUCGAAGGUUGGUCAGAAAUUUACAUCAUUUUUUUUUGGUGAAAAAAGACGACCUUGAAUGUUGCAAGCGACGAUUUGUGGUGAUCAGAAAAACAUGAGUCAGCUGGUUUUGUUAUUGUAGGCCUAGAAUAUAGUAAUACAUAGGAUAAUUGGAACUCAAAAAACACUGUUCGAACUUUAUGUGUACAAACGACAAAAAAAUCGCGACUUUUUGCAGAGAUUCAUGAAGAACGGGACAGUUUGCCGGAUGAGGAGAACAGUCUGGACGAAAACGGUUCGGCUCAGCGAAAAAACGCGGUAGCCGGAGGCGAAUCGCCGGAUAUUGAGCCGGUGGAUAAGAAGCUCGAGGAUCCGCUGGAUUAUGAAGAUGAAGGCCUGAGAGUGUAACAUUUUUUUGGGGAUUUUUACAACAAAAACGUGUGCGUUUUGCAGUAGAAGCCACAGCGUGAGCACUGCCGACUUGGAAGAGAAACAUCGUUUGGAAAGUGGUGUUCCGGACGUGUCACAAUUGAGUACGCACAGAUAUACAAGACACGCGUCCAUUGAUAGAGGGUACCAUAACUUUUUGUUAUUUUUUUCCAAUAACUUAACAAAAAACGUUUCAGAAAUGCUCCAGGGAAGGCAGUUGGUGAUGAGGCUGUGGAGAAAUACUAUGAAAGAAACAAUUAUACGGUUACAGGUACGGUUUUUUGGGAUGGAUAAUAGUGAAAGUGUUCUGAAAUUUUGUGCAAUGUUUCAAGAGCUACAAUACUUUUCAAAGCAAUUUUAGAAGAGAGUUGUCAACUGCAAAAGUAUUGUACAUUUCAAGAACUUUAUUUUUGUAGUUGACACUGUUUCUCUAAACCCACUCGCUGGGUUACUGUAACGCUUGGAAGUUUGCUUAGGCGUUCAGCUAUUGUCAACUUCCAAGACGAACAGUACCUCAGGGACUGGUCUUACAGAAAAAUGAUCAACUAGAAAAAUAAAGGUCUAGACUCGAAGUAUUAUCAAAAAAAUUUUGAAACCCAUUGGACGUUUUGCAACUCUACAAUAUCCAUUCAAAGUUCGUGCACUUUAAAAAAAAAAGAAAUUUGGGUAAAACUUGUUCAAAAACCCCAGAAUUUUUGUCAGGUCGUGACCGAAACGCAGACUUCUACAACAAAUUGCCCGGACACCUCCAACACCGUCUCAGCCAGCACAACGUCGACGGAGUGAGCCGCUUCUCGAGCCCCGGAGCGCUAGGCCAGCCGGUGGUGCCCACUUUGCGUCGAUUCGACAAAUCCAUGUACUGGUUCGCGUUUCAUCGCAAACAAAUCGGAUUCCGGCACAUUUGUGUCGUACUUUUGGUCCUCGCCUACACACUUUUGGGCGCCGCAAUGUUCUGGUCCGUCGAGAGCCGUCAUGAGAAGGCCGUGGGUUACUGUAGCUCUAAAAACUGGGCCGUUUUUCACAAAUAUUAUCCAUUUCAGAAGACGUUGCGCCACGUGCGAAACCUCGAAGAACUACUGACGACAAUCGCGGAAAAUGUGACGGAAUCGGUGAACGACAUCAACACGACGACGACGGUUUCCGAGAUGAAGAUUUAUAUUCGGGUAAGGCGACGUCGCGAGAAUACAAGUGAUAUCAUCUUUCCGCAAAAACCGGUUUUCAUAGACUAUUCUCUAUAGGAGGCCUACGUGGAACUCAUGAAAUUGGAGGGACAGUACAAGGGAAGCACCUAUUACAAACUCGAGGAUCCGGAGAACAAUUGGAAGUGGACGUUUGAGAGCGCCUUCUUUUUCAGCAUGAAUGUUUACACGACGACGGGUUACGGUAGGGUACUUGUACCCUGGGUUACUGUAGCCGACAGUACCGUUUCAGGUUCGAUUGCGCCCGAAUCCAGCAUGGGUCAGUUGCUCGUCUGCGUCUACGGCUUCAUCUUCGUCCCAGUGACCCUUGUGGUUCUCCGUGACCUCGGACAAUUCUUUCUGGUACACCUUACCAAGUUGUACGCCCACGCAAUCCAGAGAUUCCGGUAUUUUCCGUCAUUUUUCAAGGCAAAAACGAAUGUUUGCAGAGAAUUGAACGGUGACAAGCGAGUGGACGAGGACGAGCUCAUCCAGUUGCCGAUAAAAGCGUGCUUCCUUCUAUUGGCCAGUUACCUCGGCGCAUGCACCAUAUUCAUUUACUUCUACGACGAGCUGAGCGGAAGUGAGCCGGGCAGCGGCAUCUCCAUGUUCCUCUGCUUCUAUUUUUCGUUCAUCUCGCUGAGUACCAUCGGUCUCGGCGACGUUAUGCCCAACAACGCUACCGUAGGCUUCGAAAACAUGGUUCCCGCUAUUAUAGCUCUACUUUUUUCCAGUUCUCCCCGAUUAUCUCGAUCAUUUUCUUCUUCGGAAUGGCCGUCACCAAAGUGGUCAAUCGAAACACGUUUAUUGCGGUGGAAAAUGGCAUUUUCGGUGAGUAUUUGCAUUUUUUUUUGUUGUAUGUAUGCAUACUUCAUAUUCAGGAACGCUGACACUUGUGGAGAACAAGCUGGACGGUGUGGUGACACGUGGCAGUGCGGUGAAGCCCGUGGAGAAGCCGACGACACCGAAAGUGCAGAGAGCGUUCAGCAUGGACGCCGAUUCGGCCGCCCAACAGGUAAUUCCGGCGAAAAAUCUUGAAAAUGCGGUUUUUCGCAUACUUUUUGCAGCAGGACGAGACGCCGAACGAGAUUCUGAACAACUUUACGGUCCGCUCAAUCGCCACGUUCAUGAAGUCGAACGCCGACAUUUACGGAGGCGGCUUCGGACGGGUUCAGUUGAGAAGAGGUGAUCUGAUGAACUCGGACAACCAGAACACGGUUAACUCGGUCUCGCAGCUGAGACAUCGCGCACCGAGCCAGCCGAAUAAUGUGUGA